AUGCAACAGGCCAUGUUCCAUUUAGUUCCUGAAGCUACCAAGAAGAAGCCUUCUGCCACACGGUAUGGGUCUGCCGAUGGUGGCGAUGUGGCAACUGCAACAAUCCCAUCGUCUGAGAGGUCUAUGACCCCUCUUCUUCAGGAUUCCAUGGAUCUAAGUAUGUGUUAUCUUCCUAAUGGAUAUCCGUCUGCGAACUACUGUUAUGGAGGUUAUGAGGGUCCCGUCAAUGCCUGGGAGGACUGCCCUAGAUAUGUCAAUUCAAAUGGAGUGGAAAUGCCUCCUGUAAGUUUUUGUGCUUACACAUACAUGCAUCCAUACACACAUGCAUAUAUGGAUGACUUUGAGGUACUUAUGUGAAUGAUCAAAUCUUCU